AUGGCAUCCAACACCUCCCUCUACGGCAUACGCAAACCCAAAACCGCCUCUAAAGAAAUAUCCUCCUCCACAAGCCUCGCUUUUAGCUCAACACUCACAAGUCUUCUCUCCUCCUCAUCCACCACAUCCCGACCUACAUCAGGCCGUCCGCGCCCCUCCAAACACUCCAAAGACGACAUCUUCACAUCCCACAACAAGAAUACCAAGAAGCGUGCAGCGCGCGAUUUAGAAGAUGAUUCAGAGGAUGAGACGCAGCGCGGGCGGGGUGCUAGGAGACAAGAUAUCGGAGGUGUGGAUGAAGCGGUAUUACACCGGUCGAAGCGGAAACUAGCAUCUAAGGCGAAGCUAUACAAGGAGAUGAAGAGAGGGGAACACGUAGCGCGCGAAGGCGAGGACAACGAGGGGUUAGUGGAUUUUGACAGAAAAUGGGCCGAAGGCGAAAGAAGCUCCGGGGAGGAUUCUGACUCUGAUGGCUGGGAUGAUAGAGGAGGAGAGAUAGUGGAAUACGAGGAUGAAUACGGACGACAGCGACGCGGGACAAAAGCCGAAGCCGAGAGGAUGGAGCGCAAGAAACAGAAUAAAACUCUAGGACAGGAAGAGCUCGAUCGCAUAUCUGCUCGGCCGGCGAUGCCGGAGAAGCUCAUCUAUGGCGAUACUGUACAGAGCCUCGCGUUUAACCCGGAUGAGCCGGCGGUGGAGAAGAUGGAGGAGCUUGCGCGGAAGAGGGAUCGUAGUCUUACGCCGCCUGAGCAGCGGCAUUAUGAGGCUGAUAAGGAGUUUAGGAUUAAAGGCGUGGGGUUUUAUAGUUUUAGUAAGGAUGAGGGUAUGAGGAAGCAGGAGAUGGAGGCGUUAGAGGCGGAGAGGUUGGAGACUGAGAGGGUUAGAAAGGAGAGGGAGGAGAAGAAAGAGGCGAGGAAGCGGGAAAUCGAGGAGCGGAGGAGGGCUAUUGGGGAGAAGAGGGCGAAGAAACAAGCGGAUAGCUUUUUGGACGGCCUAAAUACUGAUCUCGAUAAGACGGAUGUGACAUGA